GUUUCACCGUCCUAGUGGCUCUUUGAUGUGUCCGUCAUACGAGUUUACGGAAGUGUAUCCACCCACUGCAAAGAUGGAGGACGAUAUCUCAGAUAUGAGCAGACCACAAAUGUACUUAUUUGGUUGCACCUUGAAAUCGGACAAACGGGAAUUCAAAGUUGACCUAGACGGCGAUGAAACGGAGCAGCAGCUGUCACUGAAAGCAGUGUGUCUGGGAGCUGAGGCUGAAGAUAAGUUCCACAUGGUGGAAGUUGAAGGCCUCACUUACGACGGGAAGACGACAAAAGUGCCGCUAGCUGUCCUUAAACCUUCCGUCCUGCCCUCUAUGAGUUUAGGUGGAUUUGAGAUUACACCUCCAGUUACCUUCCGUCUCCAGUCUGGUUCUGGACCAGUUUACAUCAGCGGGCAACAUUUUAUUAGUGUGAAGGAUUCUGAUGAUGAAGAGGAGGAGAACAAUUCGUCGCCGGUAAAGCGGCCUGCAAAUCUGCUGGCAGGGAAGAAACCCCCGAUGAAAAAGCUGAAGAUGGAUUCCGAUGAUGAUGACGAUGAUGACGAUGAAGAAGACAGUGAUGAAGAUGAUGAUGACGAUGAUGACAGUGAUGAAAAUGAUGUGAAGCCACAGAAGAAUGUGGGAAAGGUGCUUACAAAGAUCCCGGAAUCCUCACCUAAGAAGCCCAUCAAGACUCCAGUAAAACAAAAUGGCCCUGCAGGAAAAGCCUCAGGAUCCGCUGUCAAACCACAGAUUAAGCCACCUGCCCCGGGAAAAGACAAACAACAGCCCGGCCCAUCUAAAUCUCUGCCUGAGAUUAAGAGCAAGUUGUCAACUGCAGCCAAGGAGGGAAAGCCACUUCCAAAGACAGAGCCGAAGUUUGAGAAUUACUUGAGAAGUGCUUUUAAAAUCUCAGACAAACAAGUGGUCAAGGAUCUUUGGAGUUUUGUGCAAACACUGAAGACUGAGAAGAAGUAACAUACACAUACGUUAAAGCAUUUGUACGUUUUGCAUCCUACAAGGCAUUUAAAGGCACAGUCGGCUAGAUUUCCUACUCUGUCUCCUUCUUUCAGCUCUGCGAAGGACUAUGAUCAGAUGAAAAUGGACUAAGUGCUGAAAUAUGGCAAAGCCAUCAAUUCAUAGAUUUAGGUGUCAAUGUUUUUCUUCUUCUUUUCCUAGACUGAAAGGACUUCAUUGAGUUGGUUCUUUCACAGACUCGAUUCAUGUUUAGCAGACUGUAGAUUUGCUGCAAGGGGAAGCUCCAUGCAUCAUAAUGGGCGGGGUCUGUGUUGCUACUACAGGAAAGGAAAAGUUUCUAAAAUUUAUACUACCUGCAGAUUUAUGUAGGGGUGUGCAGAUUUAUGUAGCUCCUGUAUAUCACUGAAUAUGAUCAUUAUUAGUUAACAAUAAGUCUUAUACUUGAAGGAUUCAAAACCAAAAACAGGCCAAACUUAGAACCUAACCUAGUUAGUAGUUGCUAGUUCUUUCGUACGCCCUGUUGGCAAAACAGUAUUAUUUUUAUACCUGCAGAAGGACUCACUGAACACAAAUGUGCUUGACAAAAAGUAAACAAAAUUUUGAAACUGUUGAAACGCUGCCUGCAGGUGGUGUAAGUGUCACAAUACAGAAGCUAUUCCUUUCCUUGCCUGUAGGUGGUGAUAUCCUCAUUAAACGUCCCACUUUCUUCAAAUACUGAAGAAGAUGCAGGUCACAUUGAAACAGCAACUGGGUGGAAAUGUGUGAAAUUGGUUGAUUAGCAUCUGUUUGUCAUGUUCAGUCAAUAUUGCAAAAGGAGGUUAUGCAGAAUGUGCCUUUAAAUACAGUCCUGAUCAAACGUUUAAGACCACCUGAAAAAUGGCCAAAAUCAUGCUUUGCCUGGUUGGAUCUUAACAAGGUUCCAAGUAGAGCUUCAACUUUUUGCGCAUGCAAUUUAAUGAAAACAACACUUAAACUGAAACAGUCUGUUUUACAGUGUUGUUUUCAAUAAAUUGCAUGCUCAAAAUAAUGUUUUGUCUCGCUCCCAUUUCUUCUUGUUACAUGUUGAAGCUCUAUUUGCAACCUUGUUAAGAGUAAACCAUGCAAAAUAUGAUUUUUUUGCCACUUUUCAAGUGGUCUUAAACGUUUAGUUUUUUCUCCAUUGGUUUGGCUCAUUUCUUGAAACAGAGAUUACAUUCUCAAAACUCUAAGAUCAUUUGGCAAAACACUCUUAGCUCACCUGCAAAAGCUCAUAUCUCGUCCAAAACUGUUCACUCAGGCUUCAAUCUAAAUCCCUUUCCCAUCUAAACAGUCAGUGUCUCCAAAAUGGCAAAGAUCCUUCUCAAUAGCUUUGGCUCAUUUCUCGACACAGAUCGGACAUUCUCAUCAUUCUUGGUGCUUUUGUCAAAAUAAACCUGGAUGGUUGAUCACAACAACAUGUCCACCUGCAAAAGCUCAUAUCUCUCCUAAAACAGUUCACUCAUGUGUCAAAACUACAUUUCUUGCUAAUCUGAAUAGUCAAUGCCCCCAAAAUGCAUCGUCCCUUUGGCAUUGUGUGAGUACUGCCAUACAAAAUGUUUAGAUGUUGUGUCACUAUGGCAGAGGACCAACAAUAUACAACAGAAAAGAGUAGCCUCCAAGGUUUGACGUCACAGAUUGCACUCAAACUACCAAGUAAAUUAUAACCAAUUUAUAUUCACACGCAAAGAAAGUUUCAUACAUAUGUAAAAAGAAAAUGUACAUUACAGUAGUAAAUUGUAUGAACACAAAAUCAAAAAACAAGGACUUAUUCAGUGGUCGCUGUACUCAUUCUCCUGCUCUUGUCCACUGUCUUCACCCUCCUGAUUAUUUACACGCUGUUGUCCGUCUGGCCACAGAUUCUCGUCCACAUCACAGCGGAUACUUUCUCUUGCGAUGCAACGAGAGAAGAAACGGCGUGCAUGCCGCAACCAUCCCCUGUAUUGAUCUCCUGUAAUGUCGUCACACGCUGCGUCCAUAGCAUGGAGCAGGGACGGCUGAUCCUGAGCAUGAUGCUCAUACACUCUCCACCUUCAAGCAGAGAAAAACUCCUCUAUCGGAUUGAGGAAAGGAGAGUAAGGUGGUAGGAAGCCCAUGACCAUCCUUGGAUGCGUUGCAAACCAGCCCCUAAUGAGUGGGCUAUGGUGGAAAUUGACAUUGUCCCACACAAUUACAUAAAUGGGUAGGUGAGGGCCCUAUGAGACCUCUCUCUCAUUUUCAGGGAUAAAAUCGGUAUAAAGGCGAUCCAAGAAGAUGAGGAGCUUGUGUGUGUUGUAUGGGCCAAGACUGGGGAUGUGAGUGGCCACACCAUUUUCAGAAAUGGCAGCACACAGUUAUAUUGCCCCCUCGCUGACCUGGGACAUCCACUGUGGCCCGGUGGCCAAUAAUAUUACGGCCACGUCUUCGGCCCUUGGCCAGGUUGAAGCCAGCUUCAUCCACAAACACCAGGAUGUGAGGGGUCUCAUGUCCUUCCAAUGCCAUUAUUCUCUAAAAUAGAGUAAAGAACAUAAAAUCAGUCAUACAGAAGAGUCAUAUACUACAGUUAGACAAUUACAUGUUCUCCCCCACAGGUUCAAUAUACUACAGGCCACUACUCCAGUGGUUCUAAACUAGUGAUAGGUCUAUGAGGAAGUACUGCAGGGGUAUAUGAUAGAAAGGGGAGUGGGAAAUACUGAUGACUCACUGAGAUGUUACAGUAAAACCUACAGUAUUAGAUUUGAUUGGGAGACAACAAAAUAAGGAUUAUAAUGAGAAUUGUAUCAUACAGUAAACUGCAGUUUUCUGUUGAAAUUGUUGAAGUCAGAUGCAGCAAAUACUGAUUCUGAAAUCAGGUACAGAAGGUAUUGAAACCAAAUAAGUGAACUACUGCUUACUGUGAUUACAGGUAAGGUUAUAAUGAGAGACAACCAGUAACUGACUUACAUUUACAUACUGGUAGCGCAGCUCUGUCAGAGUUCCUCUCAAAUGGUACCCUGUAGAUUUGUUUCAUUGUCAUCUGAUGCUCCUUCAAAACCCAGUCUAUUGUGGAGAUGCUUAUUGUGUUUAUAUUCUGGAAUAUAUGAUUGUCCUGAAGGAUGGCAUCACGGAUCUGUCUCAAUGUGAUGGCAUUAUUUGCCAUCACCAUGUUACAAAUCUCUCUUUCCUGUUGUUCAUUGAGCAGUUUUCCUCUGCCACCCACGCGAGGUUGUCGUCCAAUCCUACACAUAGAACAGAAUACAGUAGGUUACCAGUGUAAUUGUAUUAUUGUUUUACUCACAGUAACUUCACCACACUCCUAAUGCAGCAUUGCACAGUGACUGGAAUACUACUCUAAACUGUAUGAAUUAUGUAAUUCCAUAGUUUACAGUAAUUUGUUCAAUAUCUUUCUUGUCAUAUUUAGUAUCACAACAUUCCACUAGUCCUCUCCACCUGCUGGUAUAGACCUACUACUGUAGGCAGAUGCACACAAAAUCUCUACAGUAGGUUAUACAUUUUUUGCCUCACGCACAGUGCCCUGUCCUAUACAACAUAUAAUUCCAUCAUAGAUUACAUAGAGUACAUACCUGUUUUCCCUGCGAAAGGUCUGGGUGAUGGAGGAGACUGUAGAGCGAGGCACAUUAGGCUGCACUUGACGACCUGCCUCUGCCAUUGUGAGGCCAUGGUUUAUGACAUAAUCUAUAAUUGUGGCCCGAAUUUCAUUCGGGACAGCACAGUGUCUUCGCGCACCUCGGCCUCUUCCCCCUAGUCCUCCACCACGCAUUCUCAGUCCUCCUCUUCUUCCUCCUCUUCCUUGAGGGAGAACUUCCCCUUGUCCGUUUGCUUGGCCUUGUCUAUCCAUGUUCAGAGAUCGGACUGGCUCUGGUCAAGCUCUAUAUAUCUGUGUUUGGCAGCACACAAUCAUGGAACACACCUGUGUGUGACACUCCCCCUUCGUUAGUCUAGUUUCACCUGACUGUCAAUGACUGUCAUCAAUUUAUCAAAUAUUCAAAGAAAUUCAUAUAUGGUAUUCAUGGUAUUAUGUUCUUGACCAAUUUUGACAAUUGAACAGACAGUUGUGCAUGCGAGUACUUAUACAAUGAAAUCGUGCUGACAUGUUUUGGAGAGAAUGAUCAUUAGACUGGGAAUCAACUAAUCAGUUUAGAUCUAUUCAUUUGGAAAAUGUGCUAAAUGUGGGCUAACUGUAUAACUGUAGGCUACUUGUACUUAAUCAUUUGCAAAGAUGCACUGAGACAAUUGAGACAUGUACUAAGGCAUUUGCCAUUUGAUAAAAUGAAUGAGAAAUGCCAUUCUGUUGUGAACAUUUGCCAAGAGGUUUGGAGGUUUGUCCAUGUUAUUUUGAGAAUGUCAUUUCUGUUUCAAGAAAUGAGCCAAACCAAUGGAGAAAAACUGUAAUUGGGGAAUGCAUCUCUACUGUAAACUGAGAUAAACCCGUUUUGUGUGAAUUUGAGCAGCGCAUAUGUAAAUGGUGAGGACAGCUAAUAAAAGAGGACUGUUUGACAGCUGGAAAAUUUCAUCAGUUAGUGACAAUAAAAGUUGUUUGUUAUUUCAGCUUUGAGGAGUUAAAAAGCAUUUCAGCUUACAGACUUACAGAUUGUACAUGCGUUUUUUAAAAUAUUGUAUUGUUUUAGUCAAACCACAAUCAGUCAUUAUAAUAUAAUAAGAACAAUUAUAUUUUUAACAGCUUGGCCAGCAAAACCAAUAAAUAUGUUUCUCCCAGCAAAAAUAAAGCAAAUAGGCAAAAAGAUGUCACAAAAAUAAAUGCAUUAAAAACAAUUUUUGCAGAGUAAAAUUAUCACAGAUCCCCGUUGUGUAUUUAUGUCCAGAACAUGAACAACUCUCAUUAAAAUACUUAUUCCUGAAAACCAUCCAUCUAAAAAAGCGGCCGCUUUUUUACGUUAUCUCUUGUAGAGUAGUAUGAAAUCCAUAAAAGCAACGCAGGUGCUCUGACUGAACUGUUUUUGUUUAAUGUAUAUUUCAUAUAAAAUCAAAACAGAGCAAAACAGAUGGAUACUCCAGGAGUAUAUUAGCCCUAAUGCUGUUUUGCAUUAUAUUUUAAUGUACUGUAAUGCAUCAGAAAACAUUACAAGCAUAUUAAUAAUAUUAGUACAGUAUGAGGUAUCAGAGAAUUACAUCAGAGUAGCAUGACAUCACCUUAAAAAAACACAUAAGAACUCAUAUCUGUAAUUGUUUGCACUCAUAUAUCAGUGCUCUGAUGACAACAAACUCUCGUUCAUGCUGGGCUUAUGAUGUGUUGCUAUUCUCAUUUAAUAUCAAAAUGUUCCACAUCUUAAACUAAUUACACUGAUCCGGUCAAACUCUGCAUUAUCUAGAAAGUGUUUUUGCUAUAAAAUGUAUUACUUCAAUUUUAAUAAUGGAAGUUGCCCCUAUAAUUUGUCCAAAUAUAAUUAAUAAUUGUUAGUGAUGUCUUAUUUACACUGAGGUUUCAGUAGCAGCAGGUUGCCAGGCCCAGUCUUUUGUCUUUUUGCUUUGCACGUCUUUGAGUGAUUUUUUAAAAAAAAUACUUCUGUCAUAUCAGAUUUAAUGAACGCUGUGUUGUGUAAAUAUAUUUCUUGCUUUUAUUUACAAGACCGGCAGCUGAACAAUUGCAGUUUAGGUUUUAUCCUGCCCUUUCUAAUAGUUUAUUUUACAGCUUUGAGCUGUUUUCUUAGUCUUUGUUUCACAACUUGUGUUCUAGUAAAAAAUCCCUUUUUAAAAUGUCUGGAAUAUUGUUCUGAUUGUUGUUGUUGAUCUUUCGUUUGUGUGUAAGUUUGUCAUAUUUUGGGCAAUGGUGAAGCCAGAACCUUAAACAAGUCCAAGUGCGAAAAAGUGAUUGUUAUUUGUUGAAAGCUGACGCAUGUUUAAGGCUCAUUUUUUAAAAUAAUUUUUGUAAUCACAAACAUCUGGUUUAAUUUGGCUGUAAAAAAUGUAAGGGAUAAUGGGAGCAAACUCUUUGUAACGGAGCUGUUUCUCAUUUUUUGGCAGUACAUGAUGAGCAGGUGAUGCAUGUAUGGCUUUGCUGAGUGAGCUUUGUCCUAAACCAUGUUAUGGUACUUCACUGAAUUUAGUUACUUCAUCCAAAUGGUUGUCUUUUUUUCCCCUGUGACCUGAAAUAGAAACUGUAAGCUAGUACCCAUCUUCAGUUUGACUGGAUGACAAAACAAAACCACAUGAAAUUGUAAUUUACUGUGUGAUGUAGUCAAGUAUAAAUUGUAAUUAGGUAGCUUGGCUGACCCAUUGUUUGUUAAAAUAAAAUGCAUUGUGUCCAUUUCCUACAUCAAACUUAGUUUAUUGUUAAUGGUUUGUUGAAAGGAACAUGUGCGUCCUUUUUUGUACUUAUCUGUAACAUUUACCUGAAUAAAAUAAAUUCUAGUAA